AUGCUGUGCAAGUCCGUCUACGACAAGUUCCGCUAUGUAAACUGGCCCGGGCCACUGAUGAAGUAUACAAUACAGCGAAAGACGGUUUUGAUCCCUCCAGAGGUCUGCAAAGAGAUUGUUUCCGAUGACAUGGCCAUGACCAGUGUCAAUGCCCCUGCGCUGCAUAAGUUCUGCGAAAGCCUUGAUCUUGUUAAUGGGAAGUUCCUUAAGGUGGACUGGGCAGCCCCCACUGACUGUUCCCAGAUUGUGGAGACUCUAAUGUGCAUUGUCCCCAGCAACGCCUUUAUCCUGCUGAAGAUGUCUGAAAAGAUACGCAAUGCGCUCCUAAACUUCCACAACGAAGAGAUUCCUGGCAAGUUUGAUCCCAGUAUUCCGCACUAUCUCUAUGUUAUGCCAUAUGAGCGUCUUCACAAGAUCUUCGAGUACCGCAUAUUCAUCAAGGAUCUGCGUAUUGUCCUCAUCGCUCCGCGUUAUCAGUGCAUGAUCACCGACGUGACUACAGACAUCGUCCGCUUUGUCAAGGUCUUCCUCCUCGAGCACAUCACUCAGCACAUGGGUGUCACGGACCUCAUAAUCGAUCUCUACUGUGAUGUAGAUGAAGACAUAUGUUCUUCUAUUCUUCUCUUAGACAUGCAACCCCUGCCGACAGCAGAGUCCGCCUUCGAAGACCUUUGUGUGCUGGGAGCCGCUGUUUUGAAGGAGAGAUUGAAGCCUGACGCAAUUCUAGACCCCCUGUUUGUCAAUCCUACUGUUGAAAGGAUAUCUGCAGUGGGGCGAGCCACCACGAACAACACUUACCCCUCCGAGCUUACAUCUGGGAUGAUCUCUGGCACCCACACGGAAAUCAUAGAGCUUGUCCGACAGGCCACUCGCAAGACAGAGAUCCCCGAGCUGGUCAGUCUCAGGCUCUAG